ACCCAUAAAUUUCAGGAGUGGCUCUGAUCAAGCUUUCUGCCAUUCUCGGUUUCUAAAUCUUUUAGUCAUACAUUAAUAACUUUAAAAACACUCAUCCUAUUUUUGUUGUAGUGAAAGAGGAAGUUUCUAAAUAGUCAAAAGGGAAACAGUGAAAAUAGAACACAGUAAAUGAUAACUAAAUUAGGGUAUUUUUUUUUUCCAGCAAGAGCAAAGCUCCAUGCUGAAACUUGCCAGAGUAUUUUAAGAUUAUUGUCUACAAAGAAAAUGUAGCAGAGAAUUGAGAUCCUCAGAGGAAAGGCAUUACAGAAAUGCAAAGUAUUAUCAGCAAUGUGCAUUAUACAUGGACCAAUGUUUCUCAGUCCCUAAUGCAUCAGUCAGUGGACUUUAGUUUUCUGGCUUGUGUUUGGUGUUUAAAACACACACACACACACACACACACACACACACACACACACACCCGAGUGCGGACAUGCACGCACAACUUGCAAAUCAAGUGAGUUAACGCUCUGCCAACUUCCUCUAGAUAUUGACCCUAGGGGGUCAGACUCUUAAGAAAAUGAUGCCUGGUUUUCCAUCCUCCUAAUUGCAGUCCCCCACCAACAAGCAAGUCCUAUCUCUAAGUGGAAGCUCACAAAGAAUUUCUCGAGAGAAUAUGGAGCUGCGCUGGCAACAAAAUCGUCUCUGCAAAAUGAGAAGAAAGAGUUGUUAACUGAUGAGUCAAUCCAGCUUUUAUAGCAGUUUAUCUUCGUGGUAUUUCCAAGAGCAUAAAUGUUAUAAAAAAAGAGAGACGGUCAUGACAGGAAGAACACAGUAGAAAAAAAACAGGGACGUUUAAGCCAAAAGCAAUUUACUUUGCCAGUAACUGGUUACAUUUCCUUUGUUUUAUUAUUAUUAUUUCAAGGGUUGGGAUUGAGCUGAAAGUUUCCCACACCUGUGCUGUCCUGACACAUAACUUUGGCAAAACCCAUAGAGAAGUGAAUAUAUAAAUGAAUGCCUGGAAACUCUGAACUUUAGAUGCUUUAAGAAAACAAACGAACAAAAACCUUGUUUUGCUAUAUUGUCUUUAAGAAAGCUAUAUUGUAUUGAUGUUUGAAUGAGUUUUACAAAAGGAGAAGACAAAACACGUGGAUGAGAUGUCAAAGUGGCCAGUUGCCGACUCUCCUGGGAUUAAUGCCUAUAGAAAUAGCAGUGACUUCACAAAGGUGAAUACUUGUUAAUUUCAUGGCCCUGAGUAAGAGGAACAGAGAUGGGCAGUCAGAGAGGAAAGAUUUUCUUUUUUUAAACCACAGAGAUCUUUCACUGUUCUUCUGCAGUGGGCAGAAUAGUCAGUGGCCCCCUGAAAGGGGUGAUGUGCGUGGCACACGAAGUUUUAUUGGAACUCUGCGGCUUUAGUGGAAGUCUGUCACCUACUGCUGAGUCAGGAUUGAUGGGGACCCUGCCCUGCCUCAAGUCUGGAGGAUGCUGUUUGCUGCCUGAGAUGGGCUUUUAGUUCCCUUGUACCGUGUCGUGGUAUUUGUUUUCAUUUAGGGAAAGCUCCCUGGUGACUGCCAGCCCAAGUUAAUAAUAUAAAUAUCUCAUUAUGAGACAGACUGAGUGUGUGUGUCUGUUAGAAGUUACUUAAAGCAGGGAUGUUGGAUAAAGUCCAGUUGCACGGGUUGGAUCCUGUUACCAGUAACCAGUUGCAUGACCUAAAACAACUAAUUCCAUCGCUGUCUCAGUUUCCUGGUCUGGAAAAUGGGGAUAAUAACGGCGCCUUCCUGUUGGUUUGCUGUGAAUUUUAAAUGAGUAUUGUAUGCAAAGUGCUGACUGGCACAGAGAAAGUGCACAAUAAAUACCAGCUAUUGUUAUUAUUCAUGUGUAAUAUUGAAAACAUUGAAUUCUGUGAAUGAGCGUGGAUUAUAUACACAUGCAAAAGUAACCGAGCAUUUAUUGCUUCACACUAGUUUGUUCCGUAGCGGAUCUAACUAGACCCAGUUAUGCUAUCAAUAAGUGUACUGCUGGCCUCCCGCACUCCUGAACACCACCACACCAUAAAGCAUUUGUUUUCACUCACUUCCCUUGCAAAUGAUUUGUUUUCUUGACUCUGUAAGAAAAACAAAAGUAGCCCAGGGACCAGAAUUUUUACUCCCCCCGCCCCCAAAAGCCAGCUCCUCGGUCCCAAAGCUUUGCCCAGGGUCUUACGGAUCUAAAAGGUUUCAAAUUGUGUUAUGGGGGCUCCCAUCCAGUUCUGCAUGCUCUGUUCUCCCUGGGACUUUGAACAUCUGCUCAUCAGGGCACUGGUUACACUGGGUACAAGAUCACAGCUCAUCUAAGAUGCCAGACACAAAGGCUUAACAGUCAUCAGGAACCAAAGGCCUUAGGUUUUCAGUCUCAAUUCCCAGAGCAAACUUCCUGGUCACUGGGUUAUGUUCCCAGAGCUCAAGUGUAAAUAGUAAAGGCGAGCAGAGGUUUACAGGUGCCCAACAUGACAGGUAUGCACAAGGCCAAGUGUGUGGGUCCGGCUCGAAGCUUGAAGGAGUUACAUGUGGGCAUCUUUAUUUCCAUUAGUCACUUAUUCAUUCAACAGAUUUAUAUUAUGUAAUGCCGCCUCCUGGGUGUGUGCUGGGCAGGUGAGAGAUGAGUCUGACAUGGUCCUGCCCUUAAGGACUCUCCAAUUUAGGAUAAUAAUAAGCCAUAAAACCCAACUAAAGUACAAAGAAUACAGUGAUACCUUCCAUAAGAGAAAGUCAGAAAAAGGAGGGCAGAGGGGAAAGGAGAAGAGAUAUUUGAGUUUGAGGCUUGAGUGAUUGGUGGGAUUUGCCCAGCCUACCUGAAAUGUCAGCGACUUGCCUCAUUAGGAACAAAAGGCUUUUUCUCUUGAUCAAAUCCCAUUGAGAGUUUAAGUUUGUGUGACCAGAAUAUUAGGUGCUAGCCUGUUCUAAAUUUACAAUUCUCAGAAUCUGUUGGGGAAGGGCACAUGUGCUUUUCUGGGUUCUGAAAACAGCUCAAAGAAUGGAGAAAAUAGACCUGAUUUGAGGAUGACUUUAUUGUCGGUUCCCGGAACCUUUGCCUUUAUUUAAAACAGCCUGUUCAGUACAAGUUCUAUCUAAAAGGCCUUUGGGAUUUGAAAGCUCUUCUGGAAAUAAAUGCUUUUAGGUUUAAAUGUUUUGGAGGUCUUUUUUUGCCAAAAUGUUAGGAAGGAGAGACCAUAGUUAACAAAUCUGAGAACGGAGGCAAUAUUGUUUUGUUUCUUUUAAUGAAAUGUCUCAGACCUACCCUAAGUUCUGUUUGUCUCUCUGUCAGCUUUCUGCUAGGCUAUUAUUUUGAUAAGGGACAUGAAAGUACAUCAUUCCCUCGUGGUCAUUAAAGUCUUAGCACUUGAGUCAGUUGUGGAAACACUUCUGUGCGACACCAAAAUAGUCCACGCCCUGGCUCCAGGCUGAGGACCGGGGCAGUUCAUGGAAGGUGGCAUUAGGCUGUGACAGGAGAGCAGGAGGUCAGGAUCCACAACACAGGCCCGAUGAAAUCACCAAGGCGGUGCAGGGAGGGGGAGAGAGCAGAGCCCUCCCUGCCAGUCUGGCAACUCGGCAAAGUCCUCAGAGCUCAUCCCACACACUCCGUGCUAGUCACUGCUGUGUGUUUACAUGAGUAAUGGAGCUGCCGGGGGAGGGGAGUCGUAAGCACAGCGCUGAGCCUGGCAGCUUGCACUUGCGUUCGCGUUGGGAGGGAAGCUGACAUCCACACCAAGUCAAGACUUCCAGGGACGUGGCCGGGAAGCAGUCACAUGCUGUAGCUUUCAUGAGCACAGACAUCCUCAGGCAGAUGUUUGUCGACUGGAAUGGCGCCAAACCUUAAAGGCAGACCACGCAAAAAGAAGCCAUGCCCACAGAGAAGAGAUUCGUUCAGUGGUGUUAAAGAUGCUAACAACAAUUCCGACGGCAAAGCUGUUGCCAAGGUGAAAUGUGAGGCCAGGUCAGCCUUGUCCAAGCCGAAGAAUAACCAUAAUAACUGUAAAAAAGUCUCAAAUGAAGAAAAACCAAAGGUUGCCAUUGGUGAAGAGUGCAGGGCAGAUGAACAGGCUUUCCUGGUGGCACUUUAUAAAUACAUGAAAGAAAGGAAGACGCCAAUAGAGCGAAUACCCUAUUUAGGUUUUAAACAGAUUAACCUUUGGACUAUGUUUCAAGCUGCUCAAAAACUGGGAGGAUAUGAAACAAUAACAGCCCGGCGUCAAUGGAAACAUAUUUAUGAUGAAUUAGGCGGUAAUCCUGGCAGCACCAGCGCCGCCACUUGCACCCGCAGACAUUAUGAAAGAUUAAUCCUACCAUAUGAAAGGUUUAUUAAAGGAGAGGAAGAUAAACCCCUGCCUCCAAUCAAACCUCGGAAACAGGAGAACAGUUCACAGGAAAAUGAGAAUAAAACAAAAGUAUCAGGAACCAAACGCAUCAAACAUGAAAUCCCUAAGAGCAAGAAAGAAAAAGAGAAUGCCCCAAAGCCCCAGGAAUCAUCAGAGGUCUCAUCAGAGCCAGAGAAGGAACAAGAGACUUUAAAUCAGAAGAGCAUCACAGAGCCUCUCCCGGCAGCAGAUGUGAAGAAAAAAAUGGAAGGGUACCAGGAUUUUGCAGCGAGGCCCCUGGGGUCUAGGGCAGACCCAGAAAAGGACAAUGACAUAGAUCAAGGUGCCGACAGUGAGAAGGUGGUGGAAGAGGUGGGAGAGAAGGGGCCUCCUCCUCCACUCCCGAGUGCCCCUCCGGCCCCCGAAAGGGGUCCAGCCCCUGUCCCCGGGGCCAGCAAACAGCCACUCACCUCUCCCAGCGCUCUUGUGGACUCGAAACAAGAACCCCAGCCCUGCUGUUUUACAGAGAGCCCUGAAAAUGACCUCCAAGAAGCGCCCUUCCCUGGCUUCCCCACCACGCAGCCACCCCUGGCAAACCAGAAUGAGAUAGAGGAUGACAAGCUACCCGCAAUGGCGGAUUACAUUGCCAACUGCACCGUGAAGGUGGACCAGCUGGGCAGCGAUGACAUCCACAAUGCCCUAAAGCAGACCCCGAAGGUCCUCGUGGUUCAGUCAUUUGACAUGUUCAAAGACAAAGACCUGACUGGGCCCAUGAAUGAGAACCACGGGCUCAAUUACACCCCUCUGCUCUACUCAAGGGGCAACCCAGGCAUCAUGUCCCCACUGGCCAAGAAGAAACUUUUGUCCCAAGUCAGUGGGGCCAGCCUCUCCGGCAGCUACCCCUAUGGCUCCCCACCCCCUUUGAUCAGCAAAAAGAAACUCAUUGCCAGGGAUGACCUGUGUUCGGGUUUGUCCCAGGCCCACCAUGGCCAGAGUACCGACCACAUGGCUGUUAGCCGGCCGUCAGUGAUUCAGCACGUGCAGAGUUUCAGAAGCAAGCCCUCGGAGGACAGAAAGAGCAUCAGUGACAUCUUUAAGCAUGACAAGCUGGGUCGAUCAGAUCCCUACCGCUGCAGUCUCUCCAAGCAUCACCUUAGCCCCCUUGCUGACUCCUACGUCCUGAAGCAAGAAAUUCAGGAGGGCAAGGAGAAGCUUCUGGAGAAAAGGGCGCUCCCUCACUCCCACAUGCCUAGCUUCCUGGCUGACUUCUACUCCUCUCCUCAUCUCCACAGCCUCUACAGACACACUGAACACCAUCUUCACAACGAGCAGACAGCCAAGUACCCUUGCAGGGACAUGUACAGGGAAUCAGAAAACAGCUCUUUCCCUUCCCACAAACACCAAGACAAGCUCCACGGGAAUUAUCUCGCGUCGCUACAUCUGCAAGACAAAAAGUCGGCCACGGCCGAAGCGCCCACGGAUGAUCAGCCAACGGACCUGAGCCUUCCCAAGAACCUGCACAAGCCCACGGGCAAGGUCCUGGGCCUGGCGCACUCGGCCCCAGGGCCCCAGGAGAGCAAGGGCGCCCCCCACUUCCAGGUCCUCAACAGCCAGGGGCGAGACUGCCACCCCAAAGCCUGCCGGGUAUCGCCCAUGACCAUGUCGGCCCCUAAAAAGUACCCCGAAUCGCUCUCCAGGUCAGGAAAACCUCACCACGUGAGAUUGGAGAACUUCAGGAAGAUCGAGGGCAUGGUCCACCCCGUCCUGCACCGGAAAUCGAGCCCCCAGAACAUUGGCGCCGCGCGCCCCAUAAAGCGCAGCCUAGAGGACUUGGACCUCGUGAUUGCCGGGAAGAAGGCGCGGGCGGUGUCGCCCCUGGACCCAUCCAAGGAGGCCUGUGCGAAGGAGAAGGCCUCGGAGCCGGAGAGCGAAGGCGGCAAGGCGGCACACAGCGCGCACUCGGGGGGCCCAUCGGAGGGCCACAAGCUUCCGCUCUCGUCCCCCAUCUUCCCAGGUUUGUAUUCCGGGAGCCUGUGUGGCUCGGGCCUCAACUCCAGGCUCCCGGCCGGCUAUUCCCAUUCUCUGCAGUACUUGAAAAACCAGACCGUGCUUUCUCCACUCAUGCAGCCCCUGGCUUUCCACUCACUUGUGAUGCAGAGAGGAAUCUUCACGUCGCCGACAAAUUCUCAGCAGCUUUACAGACACUUGGCUGCGGCCACACCUGUAGGAAGUUCGUACGGGGACCUUUUGCACAACAGCAUUUACCCUCUAGCUGCUAUAAAUCCUCAAGCUGCCUUUCCGUCUUCUCAGCUGUCGUCCGUACACCCCAGUACAAAACUGUAAGCCCAGAGCUGCACUCCUUACCCUGGGGGUGAUGGCUUAUAGAAUUAGAAGUCAGUAUUUCUUCUAAUCCGGGGGUAAGAUCAGUCCCAGCCAAAGGGGCUGAACAUGCCGAGAAGGGAGGUGAACAUACCUGAUUUUUCCUGGGACGACUCCAGCCUUGGCUAGUCGGUCUCCAGCCCCUUCCAACCCAGAUACCCUGGCGCCUAGAUGGUUCCCUUUGCAUGUGGGUCUUGUGAAGGGAUUUUUGUGUAUCCAGGAAGAAUUUAGAGGACCCCGUCUUGAGGAUGGUCAGGAACAAUUUGGGCAAAAAAAAAAAAAAAAAAAGAAAGAAAAAAAAAAAGAAAACAAGAAAAGGAAAAGAAAAAAGGGGGAAGGGGCAGGCAUUUCAAAGGAAGGGGCAAGGAAGACUGGCAAACAUUUGCCAAGGGAUGCCCCUCUUCCCACAAAACUCUCACAGGUUCAAUCAAUGCAAUGUAUAGUGAAACUUCAGUAGAUCUUUCAUUUUGACACUAUUAAACAAUCCAGAGAAGUAAACACUGUUAAAAUGACUGUAUAUAUUUGCUUCUUAAAACUACCCGUAUCACUGUUUGCUCACCUAAUUUAUAUACAGGUAGUUCCAUUUUCUCCCGGUUCCUUCUUGUCCUUUUUUUUUUUUUUUUUUUUUUUUAACAGUAUCGCUUUUGUUUGCAGGUCUUUUGUUUUGUUUUAUUUUGUUUUGUUUUGUUUUGUUUUUUAAAGGCUGACUGACUGUCCUAGUUGUUGAUGUGUGUUUGUAAUUUUUCCACAUCUUACCAUUUUGAGCAGCUUUGGGUGGUAAAGUUAUUGUUUACAAAUUGAAGCAACUGAUUCUAGUGGAACAAAUGAAAAAGAAACAGUUGAGCACACAAUAGUGCAAAGAAUGUUCCUUUGCAGAUCCGCAACUUAAGGAUUUUGUUCCUCAUAAAUGGCAUAGUCGAAAGAGCUUAUACACUGCUUACCCGGCCAAAUGCUUUGCUUUGAAGUAUUGGGUUAUGUGAAAAUAUCGAGCAUUGUCCUUACCUUAUCUAGGCUGUGAAACUGUCCUACAUACCAGAGGAAUCAUAAAAACAAAAACCUCACUGGCAGCAAGCUGCUGAACAACAAGAGUUUAGAGGACAUAUUUGUGGGCUGCGCAGAUAUUUUAGGAAUUUCAGAAAUUAGAACAGAAGCCAAAAUGAUUUACAUUGGUGUUGGCACCAAUCCCUUUAAACAGUGUGGGAAAGGGGGUUGGGGAAGAAGAAGGAGCCCCACUAUCCGGAAGAAAAGGAGCAGCUGGAGGCCUGGGCACCUGAUACCUUCCCUGGGUCGCGGUCUUUUGAGUAAUAAUAGGUAGUCACAUGGCCUUCAUCACGUUGGUUUCUUGUUCUCAAGAAGAGCCUCCCAGGCCACAUCUCUGUGGGAUAAUUGGCAUCCUGGAUUACCCAUUUCAAAAGAAAGCCCUCUUCUUUGGGUUUAUGGGGCGUUAGUUUUGUGAGUAUGCACGCACAUCUGGUGGGUCGUGUCAUGUUUUUAACCACCUGGCAAGACAGUCCACUUUACGAUUUCUUUUAUUGUUGGAAGAAAUGGCCAAGUUGUUCAAGCAGUCAAAAGAUGUGGAGAAUGUGUAUGGUCAUUCUCGCCACUUUAUUCCAUGCGCUGCUGGGAUGUAACAUCGAGGUGGAUGCAUUUUCUAAGUGUGUUAAAAGUCAGUCAAUACAGAGUGGAUUUUCUUUCCAAGUCCCAUCCCUGCUGAUAAGACUGCUUGGGUGAACUCCCCAGCCAACCUUUCCCUCCCCCAACACUACCAGUAGACAUUAGAACCACAGUUAACCAGUCCUUUACCUCUGAGAUAUUUAAUUCUAUGAAAAUUUUGAUGACAAUUUUCAACUUCUAAAUAGGUAACUCGACUGCAAAAUAACCACAACUGGUAAACAAGGACACUGCGGCUCUUAAAGCCAUGCAUGCCAUACAUUUGUAUUGAAGCGUCUCCAUGACAUGAAGCCAAAUAUUCAAUGUAACAUACUUAAUAUCCAAAGGUGGAAACAAAAGAAUGUAGAGAUCUAGUGUUAAGAGUUCCAUUUGCUUCAAUUAAUUAUUUACCUUCCUGUGGAAUUUUACAUAUAUAUAUAUAUAUAUAUAUAUACCAUAGAUAGACUAGUAGAAUAUAGAUUAUAAAUGUGUGAGUGCAGAUUAUCCUGCUAUUGCACAAGAUGGAGGGGGAAAAAAAUCUCAAUUCCAGCUGGCAAAUUGCUAGCCAGGACACAUAUAAGCAAGUUGCACUAGAUUGAAUGGUCACGGAAUCAGAGGCCGUGGAAGAAAAAGGAAACUCCAGUGUUUCUGCAGCAGAACAUGGGCUAGACCCUAGCACAUGGUCUCUAGGAGUCUGUUUCUCAAAGGAGUGGGGGCCUUCUGUCCCUGGUGGAGCUCACCUAUCCGUUUGGAAUAUGGGGCAUUUGUUUUCCCUGCUACAAUGAUUUCAGUCUGGUUUCAUCAUGUUGGAAUUCGAUCACACCAUUUUCAAACAAUGUUAACAUAGUCCAGCUUUUGUUUUCCUCAUCUCUUCCGAGAGGAGACUCACUGUUUCUGUCUGAGGAAGCUCAUACCCUCGGCAAAACAUCAGGACAAAUAAAGAGAGAUGGGGGUAUACAUUCCCAACAGAAGCAGUGUGUUACUUGUUUUAAAACUCCGAACAGAGAUCUUGGAAAUCUUUCAAAAAAACCAUUGAAUUCUUCAUUGGCUGAGAACUACAUUUUAAAAAGUCUUAAAUAGGGCUUUGUUUGCAUUGUUUGAGUUCAAGGGGCCUUAUUAUUGAAUGGAAUUGCCCAAGCCUUUCUUUGUGCAAUCAAAGCAUUGUUAUUGGUAGUUUAGUAAAGGAAACUGUGGAAUCUAAUUGGCAAUGGAGUCAUAAAUCUAUUUACUGAGUGUGGCUUCCAAGAAAUGUUGCAAUUCAAAAUAGCACUAAGUCCGUGAUUUACUGGACACUUGGAGAUUCUAAAUAAUAUUAAAAAAAAAAAAAAAAAAAGAAAGAAAGAAACCUUGCCAUGCAACUUCUGGUUUAACAUUUGGCAACUUAAAAAAAGAGAGAGAAAACAAAACAAAACAAAACAACAACAACAAAACCCCAGCCCAACUGAGAUUCAGAAUUAAGUAUUCUUCUAGUAAGUGAUUGGAACUUGUAAUAUUUGCCACAGGACUGACUUAUUUAUUUACUAGCUAGAAGCUCUUAAGUUCACUUGUUUAUCAGGGCAUAUACAGAAGGGUUUAUUAAAACUCAAUGUUGACUUUACAACUUUCUGACCUGGUGCAUGAAUUCUCAAGUACUGUAUUUCACUGUGUUGGUGUGUCUGAUGGAAAUUUCGAGGUGAUCCCACAAAAAUAUUUUAUGUAGUGUGCCUUCAAAGAGAACCAUUUCUUUCUCUUCACUUGUUGUCCCACAAAGUCACAUUUGGUGGUGGUCAGCCAAGUCCCAUCUGGUCCAGUUUCACUCUUGUCCCAGAUUUAAAGAGAAAUGGGAACAAGUUUGCCCCAGUGAGACCCACACCAUUGCAAUGAGUAUCUUGAGCACUUAAAUUCCAGUGUUGGCUGUUGAUGUAUUUGAUAUUCUGCUUGUCUCCCCAUGGUUGAAAUAUGUCUGAAAAUAGCAGCAUAAUCUCUUGGCUGUUUAUACUUUUUUAAACUUUCCUGUGUUGUAAAUAUUGUAUACUUUUGGUGAUUCCAGCUAUGUAACCUCUAUGCUCUGUAAGGUGAUUAUUUGUAUAUAGCAACAUGGCCCAGUGAUAUCACAUAGUUUCCCAAUGGAGAGGUUAUUGAGUAACCUUUGCAUUAGUUUAAACACUACCAGAAGAAUGCUGAGCCAAAACUAUAAACACUCAAUUUUGUAUGUUUUCCAAAUUGUACUUAUUACUGCUUUUGAUACUGUAUUACGUGCCAAUAGUUUCCCAAUCACAUAGCAGGCAAGAGAUAUUUUGUACUUUUUGAUCCACUGUAAUAUUUAAUAAAAAAUGUUACUAUCUGUU